AUGCCCAGUGCCCGGGUUCCGGUCACCUUCGCGCUAACCUGCGCGAGCUUCCCGCCUCUGUCAGAGCGUCAGAAGGGUCUCUGGUGUAGAAGGGUCAGUGGUGUAGAACAUUGGUCAUCAGUGUUUCCUCUCUGGGCCACAAAUAAUGAGGAAAUCAAGGAUUCAGUGUUCUCUUUAAUAUUCUCUCUCCCUGUCUCUCUGCCCCCCCUCCCUGUCUCUCUCUCCCUGUCUCUCUGUCACCCCCCUCCUUCUCUCUCUGUCCCCUGUCUCUCUCUCAGUCUGGCGAUCCACCCAGAUAAGAUCCAGGUGGCGACGGGUCAGGUGGGGAAGGAUCCGUUCAUCUGUAUCUGGGACACGUACGCGAUGCAGACGGUGUCCAUCCUGCGGGACGUCCACACGCACGGUGUCGCCUGUUUGGCCUUUGACUCCGAUGGACAGCGGCUGGUGUCGGUCGGUCUGGACGCCAAGAACACGCUGUGUGUUUGGGAUUGGAGGAGAGGACGAGUCCUGGCCACGGCGACCGGACACUCAGACAGAAUCUUUGAUGUGGCCUGGGAUCCGAUGCAGUCCAGCCGUCUGGUCAGCUGUGGAGUCAAACACAUCAAGUUCUGGACUCUGUGUGGGAACGCUCUGACUCCGAAGCGAGGGAUCUUUGGGAAGACGGGCGACCUCCAGACCAUCCUGUGUGUUUCUACUGCCAAAGAAGAGCUGACGUACUCUGGAGCUCUGAACGGAGACGUGUACGUGUGGAGAGGCAUCAUGCUGAUCCGGACUGUGCAGGCUGCACACGGGGCGGGGAUCUUCAGCAUGCACGCCUGUGAGGAAGGAUUCGCCACGGGAGGGCGAGACGGCUGCAUCCGACUGUGGGACGUCGACUUCAAGCCCAUCACCAAGAUCGACCUGAGAGAGGCUGAGCAGGGAUACAAAGGUCUGUCGAUCCGCAGUGUUUGCUGGAAGGCCGACAGGAUCCUGGCGGGGACGCAGGACAGCGAGAUCUUCGAGGUCAUGGUGCGAGACCGGGACAAACCGGUUCUGCUGAUGCAGGGUCACAGCGAGGGUGAGCUGUGGGCGCUCGACCUGCACCCCAAACAACCGGUCGCUGUCACCGGUAGUGACGACCGCUCUGUCAGGCUGUGGAGUCUUCCUGACCACACCCUGCUGGCUCGCUGUAACAUGGAGGAAUCUGUCCGCAGCGUUUCCUUCAACAACGAUGGCUCCCAGCUGUCUCUGGGUAUGAAGGACGGAUCCUUCACGGUGCUGCGCGUCAGGGACAUGACAGAGGUCGUGCACAUCAAGGACAGGAAGGAGGUCAUCCAUGAGCUGAAGUUUUCCCCGGAUGGUUCCUUCCUGGCGGUGGGAUCGAACGACGGGCUGGUGGACAUCUAUGCCGUCGGCCAGCGCUACAAAAAGGUGGGCGAGUGCAGCCGCUCCGCCUCCUUCAUCACACACCUGGACUGGUCGGUCGACAGCCGCUUCCUGCAGACCAACGACGGCACCGGAGAGCGGCUCUUCUACAGGAUGCCAGCGGGGAAGUUGGUUACUAAAGAGGAGGCGAAGGGUAUCCACUGGAUGACGUGGACCGGUGUCAUCGGGCCGGAGGUGAACGGAAUUUGGCCCAAAUACUCCAACAUCAACAACGUGAACUCUGUGGACGCCAACUACAGCAGCGCAGUGCUGGUGACCGGGGACGACCUCGGCCUCGUUAAACUCUUCAGGUUCCCCUGCCUCAAGAAAGGAGCCAAAUUCAAGAAGUACAUCGGUCACUCUGCCCAUGUGACAAACGUUCGUUGGUCCAACGACCUGCAGUGGGUCGUCAGCACCGGCGGCGCCGACCACGCCGUCUUCCAGUGGAGGUUUCUGCCCGAAGGCGUCAUGAACGGCGUCCUGGAGCCCCUCCUCCAAGAGGGUUACGCCGACUCCAACAGCGGAGAGUCGGACUCGGACGUGUCAGACGUCCCGGAGCUCGACUCUGACAUCGAACAGGAAGCUCAGACCAGCUACGAACGUCAGGUGUAUAAGGAGGACCUACCUCAGCUGAGGAAGAAGCUGAUUGGUUCCCUGAAGCGUCAGAAAGCUCCGGAGGAGGGGCUUCGUCUGCAGUUUGUUCACGGGUAUCGGGGCUUCGACUGUCGUAACAACCUGUUCUACAGUCAGGCAGGGGAGGUGGUGUACCACGUGGCCGCCGUCGCCGUCGUCUACAACCGGCUGCAGCACAGUCAGAGGUUUUACCUCGGCCACGACGACGACAUCCUCAGCCUUACCGUCCACCCGCUCAAAGACUACGUGGCCUCCGCACAGGUGGGCAGAGACCCGGCCGUCCACGUCUGGGACAUCCAGACCCUGAAGUGUCUGUCGCUCCUGAAGGGACACCACAGCAGAGGAGUGUGUGCCCUGGAGUUCACAGCGGACGGGAAGAGUUUGGUCUCAGUGGGAAUCGAUGAAUUUCACUCCAUCGUCAUCUGGGACUGGAAGAAAGGAGAGAGACUGGCCAAGGCGAGGGGUCACAAAGAGAAAACCUUCGUAGUGAAGAGUAACCCGUUCAGGAUGGACAAGCUGGUGACGGUCGGCAUGAAACACAUCAAGUUCUGGCAACAUUCAGGCGGCGGUCUGACGUUUAAACGGGGGAUUUUCGGGAACCUGGGGAAGCAGGAGACGAUGAUGUCUGCGUGUUACGGCCGAUCGGAGGACCUGGUCUUCUCCGGAGCCACCAACGGAGACGUUUACAUCUGGAGAGACACGACGCUCAUCAAGACCAUCAAAGCCCAUGACGGCCCCGUGUUCGCCAUGUGCUCCCUGGACAAGGGCUUUGUAACGGGGGGGAAGGACGGCAUCGUGGAGCUCUGGGACGACAUGUUCGAGAGAUGUUUGAAGACGUACGCUAUCAAGAGAGCCGCUCUGUCUCCGUCCUCCAAAGGCCUGCUGCUGGAGGACAACCCGUCCAUCAGAGCCAUCACUCUGGGUCACGGUCACAUCCUGCUGGGGACGAAGAACGGAGAAAUCCUGGAGAUCGACAAGAGUGGCCCCAUGACGCUGCUGGUUCAGGGUCACAUGGAGGGGGAGGUGUGGGGUUUGGCAGGUCACCCUCUACUUCCUGUCUGCGCCACCGUUAGCGACGACAAAACUCUGAGGAUCUGGGAGCUGUCGGCCAAUCACCGCAUGGUCGCUGUCCGUAAACUGAAGAAGGGCGGGCGCUGCUGCGCCUUCUCUCCGGAUGGUAAAGCUCUGGCGGUCGGACUGAACGACGGCAGCUUCCUGGUGGUGAACGCCGACACGCUGGAGGACAUGGUGACCUUCCACCACCGCAGGGAGCUCAUCUCAGACAUCUGCUUCUCCCAAGACACAGGGAAGUACCUCGCCGUGGCGUCCCACGACUCCUUUGUGGAUAUCUACAACGUGCUGACCAGCAAGAGAGUCGGCAUCUGUAAAGGAGCAGGCAGCUACAUCACACACAUCGACUGGGAUUCCAGAGGUAAACUGCUGCAGGUGAACACCGGAGCUAAAGAGCAGCUGUUUUUCGAGGCUCCUCGAGGACGCAAACAGAGCAUCAGCGUGGCCGAGUUUGAGAAGCUGGACUGGGCGAGCUGGACGUCUGUUCUGGGUCCGACCUGCGAGGGAGUAUGGCCGACGCUCAGCUUCGUUAACGCCGCCUCGCUCACCAAAGACUGCAAACUGCUCGCAACCGGAGACGACUUCGGCUUCCUCAAACUGUUCAGCUUCCCGUCCCGGGGCCAGUUUGCCAAGUUUAAAAAGUACGUGGGUCACAGCACCAACGUGACCAACGUGCGCUGGUCCAACGACGACUCUGUGCUGCUGUCGGUGGGCGGGGCCGACACGGCGCUGAUGAUCUGGUCCAGAGAGCCGGCGGGCCACAAAGAGAGCAAAGCUGUGGACAGCGAGGAGUCGGAUGAUGACACAGAGGAGGACGGAGGGUACGACAGCGACGUGGCCCGGGAGAAGAUGGUGGACUACGUCACCAAGAUCUACUCAGCCAGCAUCAGGAACAUGUCAGGAACCAGACCUCACCUGCAGCACAAAGAGCUUCCUGUGGACGAGAGGCCUCCGGUGAGUCGAGCUGCUCCGCUGCCGGACAAACUUCUGAAGAACAACGUGACGAAGAAGAAGAAGGUGGUGGAGGAGCUGCUGUUGGAACACGUGUUUGGUUAUAGAGGCUUCGACUGUCGUAACAACCUGCACUACCUCAACGACGGUGCAGACAUCAUCUUCCACACCGCCGCCGCUGUGAUCAUCCAGAACCUGUCCGCCGGAACCCAGAGUUUCUACCUGGAGCACACCGACGACAUCCUGUGUCUGACCGUCAAUCAACACCCAAAAUACCAAAACAUCAUCGCCACAGGACAGAUCGGUGACAUCGCUGACCUCCCAGGCCUCGCUCCAUCCAUCCAUGUGUGGGAUGCCAUGACCAAGCAGACGUUGUCCAUCCUGCGCUGUUCCCAUGCUAAAGGUGUCGGCUAUGUCAACUUCAGCGCCACAGGGAAGCUGCUGCUGUCUGUAGGAGUGGAGCCUGAACACACCAUCACAGUGUGGAGGUGGCAGGAAGGCACCAAGGUGACCUGUAAAGGUGGACACGCUGAGCGGAUCUUUGUGGUGGAGUUCAGACCGGACUCCGACACCCAGUUUGUGUCUGUGGGAAUCAAACACAUCAAAUUCUGGACUCUGGUCGGAGGUUCGCUCGUGUACAAGAAAGGGGUGAUUGGCUCGGUGGAGGACGGCCGCAUGCAGACCAUGUUGUCUGUCGCCUUUGGUGCUAACAACCUGACGUUCACCGGCGCUAUAAACGGAGACGUGUUCGUGUGGAGGGAGCACUUCCUGGUACGAGUGGUGGCGAAGGCACACAGCGGCCCGGUGUUCACCAUGUACACCACGCUGAGGGACGGACUCAUCGUCACCGGGGGGAAGGAGCGGCCGACUAAAGAGGGUGGCGCCGUGAAGCUCUGGGAUCAAGAGAUGAAGCGCUGCAGAGCAUUUCAGCUGGAGACCGGCCAGCCGGUGGAGAACGUCCGCUCCGUCUGCAGAGGGAAGGGUAAAAUCCUGGUGGGCACCAAAGAUGGCGAGAUCAUCGAGGUUGGAGAGAAGAACGCCGCCUCCAACACCAUGAUCAACGGACACACUCAGGGGGGGAUCUGGGGUCUGGCAACUCACCCUUUCAAAGAUGUCUUCAUCUCCGCCAGCGACGACGGCACCAUCCGGAUAUGGGACCUGGCUGAUAAGAAACUUCUGAACAAAGUGAGUUUGGGUCAUCCUGCCAAGUGCACGUCCUACAGUCCCAACGGAGAGAUGGUUUCCAUCGGGAUGGAGAACGGAGAGUUCAUCGUGCUGCUGGUCAACUCGCUCACCGUGUGGGGCAAGAAGAGAGACCGCAGCGUCGCCAUCCAGGACAUCCGGUUCAGCCCAGAUAACCGGUUCUUGGCGGUGGGUUCGGUGGAAAGUGCCGUGGACUUCUACGACCUUUCUCUGGGCCCGUCCCUGAACCGGAUCGGCUACUGUAAGGACGUCCCCGGCUCCGUCAUCCAGAUCGACUUCUCCGCUGACAGCCGACACAUCCAG